CUGCGCGUACGCGGGGACUCACAGUAGCAAAAUGGGCCUCUCCCCGACGUCCCUCCUCCUCUGCCACCUCCCCGGCCACAAAGCAACGGGCACCCCUUACGUGGAUGUGGGGGCAACGGGUGCCGGGUGUCCCAUCCAGAAUUUUGCAGGGUCCCCUGAGGGACCCGUGGCGGAACCGACUCCGACUUCGUCGGAUUCCGCCGAUGUCUUCAGACAAGAGUCAAAGAAAAGCACAGUAUAUUUGCAGAGGCUCAGCAUCCAGGAAUGUCAAAUCUUUCAUUAUUAAAAGGAAAACAGCAGAUAAAAACCUGCUGGCAGAGCUGUACCAGUAUGCACAAUUUAACAACUCUAUGCCAAACGAGCUUCCAAAUGGGGUGGACUUCUGUGACAUGGUGGGCAAUGUGAUCCGGGCUGAGAGAAACCCCAUUAGAGGCAAGAGGUUGCCAUCACUUCUGAGUAAAGCCCUGUACACCAGCUUCUGUUGCUGCUUCCCGCAGUCCUGGUUCAACACGCAUGAAUUCAAGUCUGCGAUCUGUAACACGAUGAGCCUGUGGAUUUCAGGUAUAUAUCCUUGCCCAGAGAGCUAUAACAGCUGGAACUACUCGGAACUGGAUCCAGAGAGAUUCCGAAGAGAAGAAUUACUGUUGCAGAGAAGAAGACUGAUAAAGGGAAGGGAGUUUUCUUUCCCCACUUCUAAGAGAUGCUUCUCCGAGAAGUCCACCCAGAGCAGCAAAGUCCACUGCCGUCAGUCUACUAAUGUAAAUUCAACCAAGAAGAAUUCAGAGGCUAGCUCACGAAAACCGAAUACCACAAAAGAGCAUCAUUUUCAGACUCAGGUCUUGAAGAAAGCUGCACAACAAGUCAAGAGGAUAUCAGAAGCAAGAGAAUAUGAAAAUAUACUUCCUAAGCCGGCGCAUCCCACUAAUAACGCUGAGUCAACACCGACCACCAGUGUGGGGUUUGCCUUGACGCUGAAAGCCACCGAGUGCAGCCUGACGUACGCCGACAUCAUCAGCCUGACCCUGAGCAACAUGAAGAAGCGCAGGGACAACCUCCGCCAGUUGAACCGGCUCCACCGGACUGAGUGGAAGUAUUUUGAUGAGUACCUGAAGGAACUGCAGGACAACUUCCUCAGGAAAGGAAAGGAAGAGAGAGAAAGAGAAAGGAGACAGAAGUUAAACUACUCUCCCUUCUCACUUUCAAGUCCUGAUGAAUUCUCUUCUCUGAGACUAGGAAGUCUCUACAAAAUCUCUGAUAUUUCUGCUACCAGAGAGGUCACCAAGAAGCCAAAACCAAAGCAGAAAGAGAAAGUGUCCUUCCUUAGCCUCUCACCUUCCAGCUCACCUGGAUGAAUCCUUUUCCAAGAAUUGAGAACUUUUGGAUGAAGCCUGAACGUGUUGUUGGGUUUAAUCUAAAAUGGAAACAACAAAACAAACAAAAAAAUAAUACUGCAGCACAUUUAGUCAUUCCCAGUUCAUGGGACAAUGAAUAUUAAAGUUCACUCCUACCCUGGGCCAAAGUCAGGAUUUAAAUUGAAGUUAAGGCACCUCAUGCAUUCAUGCAUUUACUUACUGAUUCUUUCAUUCACUUGUUAAUAAUACUAUGGAAUAUAUAACAUUAUUAUGUAACAUAUUAAUAGUGAUCAUAGGAGACAUCAUUUAUCGAGCACUUACUAUGUGCUGACUACUCUAAGUCCCUUUUUAGACAUUAUCUCGGUUAACCCUCCUGGGGGCCCCCCUGAGGGGUAUUGUUACCUCCAUUUCUCCUAGGAGGACCCUGGGGCUUGGAGAGGUUGAGCAGGCAUUCACUAGGUAUCUACUCUGUACCAUGCCUGCACCAGGCCCCGUGGAUACAGAGAUGAACAAAGAUGCAGUCCCUCACCUUAAGGGGCGCACAGUCUGGAAGAGGGGGAAGGAUGUGUAAACCAAUAAAUGCAUUAAUACUUUGCUAAAGAUCUUGGUGCAAUCCAAGAAAAACCAAAUCAAGAGAGACUUCACUGAGGCUCAGAGGCACAGGGACCAGUGUGUGGAAGGACCUGCAGCUGGGCUAAGGGGGCUUGGCCUUUAUCAUUUGGACCUCAGGGCACACGGGAACAGUCUACCCAGCACAGCCAAGAGGGAAGAAAGAAUGCAGAUGGCUGUUUGCCUGAAUUAAGAUGCAAGGAAUUGCAUCCAUGGGACCUAUGGUGUUUCCCAGAGAUAUGCAUCUUCACUUGAACCCUCAGGGUAACUCUAGGUGACCCCCUUGGAGAAUAUUACCCAGGUAAAGGGAUAGAGCAAGGUUGAUAGGAAAGGAGCUCAAUCUUUGGCCCCAGAAAAUUCAAGGCUUUGAAUCCCCGCCCUGCUUCAUAAUAGAUGUAUGACUUUAGGCGUAGUAGCUGUGUGACUUGACCUUUCUGAACUUGUUUUCUUGACUGCAGCAAGGGAGUGCCUGUCUAUCAGGGUAGUGUUGUUGUGAUGGUUAAAUGAGAUAAUUUAUGCAAAGUUCCUGGCACAGGUAUUUCACUUGGUAAUUGCUACCAGCUGUUAUUGUCGUUGUUGUUAGCACUGCUGUUGAGAAGUAUACUGUUCUGAAACCAGGACAUGUUGAGCACCUGCCGUGAACAAGGCACCAUAUAGCUCAGAUAACCAGAGCUCUCUCUUGCCUUCCCUUCACUACCCAAGCCACAAACAACUCUUUAUUUGCAGCUCCUUUAAGGAGCCAUGCUCUCUCCUAUUUCUGGGCCUUUUGCCUGCUGCCAAUUCUGUACCUGAACAUCCCUUCUCCUCCCUCUUCUCUUUUAACUCCCAACAUCGCUAAUUCCUGCUCCUCCUUCAGGACCCUGAGUAGAUGUCUCCUCCUCCAGGAAGCCUUCCCUGAUACACCACCAGCAAAGUUGGCACAUGUGCUCCUCCUGUGUGUUCCUACAGCCUUUCAUGCACUCCCAUUAUGGUAGCAGUUACCAUAGUGGAUGUAAUUGCCUAUUUACCUAUCUAUCUCUAUCACUAGCCCCCUACUCAGAAAGAAGGUCUCCUGGUUAUCUGGGCCCAGAGAAAACUGCAGUGCUGUCUUUCAGGAUGUUCUGUUGCACCGCUUGGGGCCAAGAUCAUCCCUGCAUGGACCCCUUCCAGAAGUUACUGAGGACUGAUAACCAUAGGCCUCUUAGGAAGCUCAAGAUGAAAAGACCUGUCUCUGCUCUUUGUAAAUAUUAGAAGGGAAAAUUAUAAGGAGGAAUUCGUUGUCUUUUGUAAGGGGAGAGAGGUAGAGCAUUGAAGGGAACCAACCUUUAAGAAGCAUUUACUAUAAUGUGGGAUAAAGCAAAUGAGUAAUUGUGUGAUACUCUAAUUCUGUCAUUCCCAGUGUUGCUGAGAACCAGUAUUCUCAGCAUGGGAGAAAGGAAAUUCAGAUGUUAAACUAGAAGAGAGGAAGUUAACAAUCCUAUAGCCCUGACUUUGAAUUGAUUGUGAAUUGAGGAUGUAUUUUAUCUUUAAAAACAAAAAAACAGUUGCCUGUGGAAUUGGAU